UUCCAAAGAUUCCAAUCCUUGAAAAAACGUGAGAACGCAAUUUUUUAUAAAACUUUGCUGGGAAAGUGAAAGAGAUUGAAGUUUGAGAUAUUUACAAUGUUACUGGAAGUAAGUAACAAAUUGUUAACGAUAUUAGCAAAUCCAUUAAGUAAAAGAGAAAAUAAUGACGAGAAAUAAUAAAGAAAACUCCAUUAUCGAUUGUGCCGACAUAUGAACAGAAUUGACUCUCGCCUCUUUGGAUAAGGAACGCGCAGUGCAGUAUAGUGAAUUUGUGUACAGCAAUCAUGGCGAAUCCAAGAAAGUUUAGUGAAAAAAUCGCACUCCACACUCAUCGGCAGGCCGAGGAAACGGCUGCUUUCGAAAAAAUUAUGAAAGAAGUGUCGGACGUUAAGGUUGGUUCGCCUCGCAUCGACUGCGCUGCUCAAAAUAAAAAUACACUGCGCAUCGGACCUGCGCAUCAGGGCCCAGGGCUCGGCACUUUUCGGGGUGGUUCGUUGCCCGACGUGUCAGCUCCCCGUCCAGUCGUCAAAAUGGCGCCGUCGACAACGACUGUGCACGCUAGCGACUCGAUUACCAAGCCGAACGAGGAGUGUCCCCAAACAAGAAUGAUCAAUCCAACCACGCGACAGAGUCGUACGAGAUCGCCCGGCGGCCCCAUUCGAAGUACCAGAGACAGAAAACCCUCACCUUACUCCAGCGGUCCCUAUCUUAGUCCACCAUCUGAUACGGGUUGGCGACGUACCAACAGCGAUUCCGCUUUGCAUCAGAGCGCUAUGCAGGGAAUGGGUAUGGAACGCGGUGACCCCUCUCAACGAGUCUCGUGGGGCAUGUUACCCACCAUGAACGGCCCAGAAAGGAUACAAGACGGAAGACCCAGGUCCAGUUGCGACUUACCCAGAACACCCGGCAUCCAUAUAUACCCGUCGGCGCAUGACCCGGGCAUCGUUCAAAUACCGAUCGGAAAUAACACGGGUUCACUACCGGACCUGACCAAUAUGGAUUUCACAUCACCGAUUCACGUACCACUUGAUCAGGAUCAAGAUAGUUCACCUUACAGUUCUAGUCCCAUAAAUACCAGUCCUUCGACACUGUCUCCAACUAGCAUGAUGGCUGGCGUGCGAACACAUAACCGUUUUAAUUUUGCAUCAUCACCCAUAUCACAACCUCUUUCGGUAGGUAGUGCUUCUUACCAACAGCCUCCUAGUAAUCAUUUAUUAGUUCCCAGUAAUUCUAGGUAUCACCAUCGAUCUUUAUCUCAGAGUGAUAAAAAUAUAGGCCUGGAUGCAUCCGAUUUCUCACAGCUUGGCGCCAUGGCUGGCAUGUAUCACCCAGGAUCACCAUCAUCACCAGUUUUAUCGCCUAUUGACGGGUACCGAAGUCCGAGACCCAGCCCUCAACCAUCACCAACCCUGGGUGGACGACACUCUGCGCCUUGUAGUCCGGGAGAGCCCAGCCCUUUAUCAAACGAUUACCAUAUCCAAAAUCAAAAUAUGCAGUUCCAGCAACACUUUGAACAGUUGACAGUGUCUGACUCGCCCAUCGGUCAGAUGCAAUACACAGAUCAAUCAACGAAUCCUCAAAUGUCCCAAUCGCACGGGCAGAACAUGAAUGACGUCACGGCGGAUACCGGCUACUUUAGUACGUCGCCGUCGCAACAGUUGGUGUUCCCAUCGCCGUCGCCGGGAUUGCAGAACACGUCACCCAAUACUCCGACAAGCGUUCCAGAGAUCAUAUUGACAGAUUUUUCAGGUAGUGCUGACAUGAGACAACUAGAUAACGAAUUCCUGACUGACGAACUGAAAGAAGGCUUGGGAGCAUUGGAUCUCGUCGAACUACAAAUGCUUAACAGCUCUAUAGGAAUAUCAGAGAUAGUUGAAGAUUUCAGGUCAUAACAAAGGGAAUCUCAAACAGACUAAAUUCGUAUAUAUUGUCCAGUUCGUCGCAAUACUUUUGUCUGGACUAUAUAUUAAGUGUGAUCGUUAGAGUUAGUGACAUUUGACAUGUGUUGCCAAGAAGAUAGUGUUGCACAAGUUGCAAAUUCUCUGUUCGUUUAUUGGUCUUGUCGAUACUAAAAAAAGUAAAGGAAAAGAUUUUUUGUAUAUAGACCUUGAAGACUAGAGUGACCUGAAUAAAAUUGGUUCUAAGCUUUUUCGGACAAUUAAGAAUAUUAGCUUUGUUUGAGGUUAUAUUUUUGAACCAGUUCAGAAACGGCAUAUGCUCACAAUAAGUUCAAAAUUUUAGGAAAUAUUUUUUCGUCGCAAAUUAUGCAUUCAGAUACGUUUGCAUUUAAUGCUAUUAGAAUGAAAAUUCAAUUAAUUUAGCAUGUCCCAUCACAAAAACAAUAAUUUUGCCAUAUAAGUCGUGUUAUUACUGCUGAUAUGAUGGCGGCAAAUUAAGAAAUAAUUUAUUCAAAAAUAGGUAAUAAUUGGGGUUGGAUGACAAGAUGACGAAAAGUAUGAUAAUAAACUUAUACUUUUAAUUACUGACAUGACAAUUAUCAUUACAAAAUAUACGGAUAUGCUGACGAUACAUGUUUAUUAUGUACAGGAACAAAUCAGAACAUCAUUGAAAUAAACAUCAACAAAUACCUAGAGAAAGUGCUAUAAUAAUCUUCUAACCAUAAGUGAACUAGAAACAGAAUAUAUGAUAAUUAAAAUAACAAAACAAAAAAUAAACUUUCAAAAAAAUGAUCUAUUUAGUGUUAAAAAUAUAAUAGUUAUUUAUGAUAUAAGUGCUAAAAGUGGCAUUUUAUUUUGUGAAGUCCCAUCCCUUUGAACAAAAUAAAAUCACUUUUAGCACACAUAUCAUACACAAUUUUUUCUACAAACAAGUUUAUGCUCGUAUAUAUCAAGGUAUUAUUACUUUUUACGUUAACGAAUAAUUCAUAUGUUCAUUCUGAAAUCAAAUUAAUUAUGAAAUUUAUGCUUGCUAGGGUAAUACAUAAUACAUAAUGUCACAUUUUAGGCACUGACAGCAUGCGUUAAAAAUUACAUUUUUACUGACGUUUGUAGAAAAAAUAAUUUAAAAUGGUAUGCUCAUAUAGCAAAGCUGAAAAAUGAAAAUACACGCACAAUUGCAGCUUUGAUAAAAAUUCAAAAACUGAUACCAAAUAACAUGAGAAUACUUUUAUAUCACACACUGUUUACCUCAAGGAUGAACUAUAUGGAGUAAUAUGACCGAAAAGAAUUUUUAAACUCAUUGCAACGUCAUAAGCAAAAUGACGUACUGCUAUAUAAAAAAACAAUACUAUAAAAACGAAUAUGGAGUUAAACACAAACAAAGUUCAAAAUUACCAGAAAAUCACACAUCAGAAGGCAUAAAGUAAAAAAUAAGAUGGUAACCCAAAGAGUAAAGAACAACAAUCCAAACAUUCCACAGUUUACCAGAAGACGUAAAUAAA